GAUGAGAUUCUUGUGAGAGUGAUGCCUGUGAUUGCAGCAUCCAGAAAAGCAACUAUCAGAUGCAGUAAAAUUACAAAGAGAAGCUCUGUAGAAGCUCUGACCUCAGUGCUCAACUCAGAAACCUCCAGUCUGAGAGAACUGCAUCUGACUGUCAAUACACUGAAUCUGUCCUGGAAUAAACUAGAAGACUCAGGAGUGAAGCGUCUCUCUGCUCUACUGGAGAAUCCUGAGUGUAAAGUGAAAGAUCUGAGGUUGUGUGGUUGUGGAGUAUCAGAUGAAGGCUGUGCUGCUCUCGCUUCAGCUCUGAGAUCAAACCCCUCACACCUAAAAGAUCUGAAUCUGUAUAGGAAUAAUGUAGGAGACUCAGGAGUGAAGAUUCUCUCUGAUCUGAAGGAUGAUGAACGUUACAAACUACAGAUACUGAAAUUUUAAUGGUGAUGAACAAUUGUGUGUGAAGACUCCAGUGUUCCUGCAUUUCCGUGUCUGCAAACCGAGAACACGUUUAUCUACAGGAUCUGAGGAGUUGAUGUGAAAAAGCCCAGAGCAGAAGGAGUCCAAAUCACAUGUAUUACUUUGUCCUUUAGUUAGUAUUUAAUAGAAUUUCUAUCUUUAUGCUACAGGAUCAGACCCAAUCUAUUCUUUAUUUUCUCUCUGAUCUGAUCUCUAUUUCAAAUGAACAUAUUCAAGUAACUUUACUGACAUUAGCAGAGUGGAAUUUUCAGGCAGCAGUGGGCAGCGAGUCGGAUGGCACUGUUACAAUCACUACAAAAUAUUUACUUUUAUAUUUUAUAGACACAGUAAUGUCCUUAACAACCUUUACAUUUUACUCCUCUGCUAAUUACUUAGCGAUCAUGCAGAAAUUCAAGGCUUUCCCUUUCUAGGAUGUAAUGCUGAUGUUUAUCGCCGCUCUUGGGAUUUUCUCUCUAAAAUAAGCUUUUUAAAUUCCAUAACCAUGUUAUAAUCCAUUAUGAACAGAUAUCACUUGUAGAUUAUGACUGAUGUUUAAGUGGACACUCUAAAUUAUUAGUGAAUGCUGGUGAAAUUGGAGAAACCACGUGAUCAGCGUGUAGGAAACAUGGGGAGACCGGGAAAGACCUUUUAAAAUGUAGUUAAUAAACAAUUAAAAGUGCUUAAUAAGCUGAAAAAAAUUAAAUAAUAAAAUAAAGCCUUUUUACCUUUAUGUAAAGAACGUGGUGGUACGGCUGUGGGGAUUCUGUCCCAGGAACACGGUGACAGAUAUCUCCCUGUUGUGUAUCUUUCUGAAUCUUUACACAACAUAACACAAGGGUUUCCCUCGUGCUUGCAUGCGGUGUCUGCUGCGGCUCUGAUGGUCCGGGAUGCUGAGAAAACGCUGCUGUCACAUCCUUUGAUACUGAACACCUCACAUCAGCUAACAGCUAUUUUACACACCCUCAACACACAACAUAUGACAGCACAACGUAGAUCUGGUUAUGAAAUCACACUCUUGAAGACAGAAAACUUCACCAUUAAGCCUCUUCUCAGCCUCAUUCAGCUGUAGUAGUGCUGCAGGAUCUGCUAGACUUUAUAGAUUUGGUUUUGACGACACACAUGAUUGCCUUAAACACAUUGAACAAAAGACCUCUUGUAGGUCUGAUCUUUUAGAUAUGACCCUGGAAGAGGGGAAUUGCCUGUAUGUAGAUGUUCAUGUUCAAAACCUUCUGAUGUGUAUUUAUGUAGAUAUGCAGUUGUAAGAUUACCUGAUGAAAUAGUUGAAGCUAAAUCAUUACCAUACACAUCUGCA